AUGUAUCUUCUACUGCAAGGAAAGUUUGAGGUAUCUGGAAUUAAGCAACUCAAAAUCGCUGCCUUUUUUUUAGUUUUGGCUGCCUUCAAUGCAAGUGGGCUUACUACAAUAGCUGUUCCCUCUACGAUCUGCACAUGUUUACGUCCGGCAUUUGCCUUUCCUGGAAGACGCAUCCUCAUCCAAGGCAGGCACGCAGAGAUCGGCAUUUGA